AGAUGGUUUAGGCGCUGAAUCGUUUUCAAAACAAGUGUCGGUGCUACAAAAAUAUAUUAUACCUGAAAAAUAAAAACAAAUAAAGUGGGCAGCGCCACUCUGUCAGUGUGUUCUUAUCCCAUUUGGCCCUAAUUUAGUCCAACUUGGUCAUUAAAAUUCCAACAAACAACACGACACACUUGGGGGCUCCUAAUUCUACUUUUAUAACCAAAUAUAGUAAUUUGUCCCGCCGGAUUUUUAGUUGCAAAUCAUUCAUUUAUAUAUUAUUAUUAACUCCAUAAUCAUAAUCCACAUUUGUUCUAUUUGUUGAUAUUAAAUGUUGAUCAUUGCACAUUGUGCACUUUGAACUUCUUCCGUAUUUGGAUCGGUGAGAAAUGGCAGUGGAUCCGAGACAAAUUGUGGCUGGUGUGCUUACUGUUACUAUGUUCGUAAUGCUUGGCAACAUGAUCAUGAGAGACCACUUGUAUUCACUUCCUGUGGAUUCUGAUAUAUCUAUCCAUAGUAUCAGUAAGCAGAGCCUGGAAACUGGCCCUUGGAUAAAGGAUAGCGGAUCACUAAAGCCCUGUUGGACUAAACCAGUUCUCCAAGAAGAUGAACAGUCACAAGGUUUUGUUACCUUCUCACUCACUAAUGGUCCUGAAUAUCAUGUCUCUCAGAUUGCUGAUGCCGUGAUAGUAGCAAGGUAUCUUCGUGCAACUCUUGUAAUCCCAGACAUCAGGGGGAGCGAACCUGGGGAUAAGAGGAACUUUGAAGACAUCUAUGAUGUUGAACACUUCGUGAGAAACCUAAAUGGGGUGGUCAAAGUAGCAAAAACUCGGCCUGCUGAAGUCUCAGCAAGAAAUAUUGCUGCGGUGAAGGUUCCAAAUAGGGUUUCUGAAGAUUAUAUUGCUGAAAACAUUGAGCCAGUUUUCACAUCUAAGGGAAACAUAAGGCUGGCAACAUACUUUCCUUCGGUGAACAUGAAAAAAAUGAAAGAUAAGAGCAAUACCGACUCAAUUGCAUGCACAGCAAUGUUUGGAACUCUAGAGCUUCAACCAGAAGUCAAUGAAGUCGUUGAGUCCAUGGUGGAGCGCUUAAGAACUUUGAGCGCGAAGUCAAAGGGACAGUUUAUUGCAGUGGAUCUGAGGGUUGAUAUAUUGGAGAAAAAGAGUUGCCAAGGAGACGGUGCUCUUAAAUCAAAGAGCUGCUAUGGUCCAGAGGAGAUAGGUAUGUUCUUGAGAAAAGUUGGUUUCAACAAGGACACGACUCUAUAUCUGACUCAAUCAAGGUGGGAUAGCAGCCUUAAUGCAUUGAAGGAUCUCUUUCCUAAAACAUAUACAAAGGAAAACAUAAUGCCCAUUGAUAAAAAGGCAAAAUUUCUCGACUCAGAGUCUUCUGAAGUGGAGAAAGUAAUCGACUUUUACAUGUGUUCUGAGAGUGAUGUUUUCGUACCAGCCAUCUCAGGCCUCUUUUAUGCCAAUGUGGCUGGUAAGAGAAUCGGUUCUGGAAAGACGCAGAUACUUGUUCCAGCUGAUAUUCCUGGGGCUUCUGCGACUUUAACAGAUUACAUAUCCCAUUAUGUCUCAAAGAAGAACCACUUUGCCUAUUCAUGUUUCUGCUAGCUCGCUUUGAAGAAAGGCUUCUGAUAAUACAGAUGCUUCUACGUACUCGUUGCACUUCUCUGUGUAAGACACGCAGGUUUGGUUCAUAUAAAUUAAGCCUACCUACCAUUUAUUAGAGGUCUUGGUGGAAAAGAUCAGGCCCCGAAAUAGUCAGAAUAUUGUUGAAUUUAACAUUUGCAGAACAGAUUCUUUUACAUGUCACUAGAGCUAUUACAAACAACAACUCUUGGUGCUUCAAAUUUUUUGUUAUGAUAAUUGUAAACUCUUUUCUUAUUAAUGGACUAUUGCUUCUUAAUAGUGCAA